AUCACUGCCUACAUUUGAGUCUUGACUCUUGACUUACUGCGAAUUUUCCGUUAAAAGACGCUAUUGAAAAAACUUGCAGCGCAUUAAAGUACAGAUUUGUAAGGCGUAAUCAUGCAGAAUUUUUACGGUGGUGAUUCCAAUAAUGAUACAGAAAACGAGCGUAAAGAUAAGUCUAAUCUUCAUGCUCAUAUGAAAAACCUGGAUGACUCCUUCAAUGAUGAUGCCUACAAAGGUAAGGAGCAAACUCAAGUGGAUAAAGAUAUACAAUAUCGUCAUGAUCUAAAAGAGCAGUGUGAGGAUAACUUUAAGAGGGCGCAGUAUGAUUAUGAGGAGUCACAUGCUGAGGCAUCAAGAAUCCAACAGGCUGGGAACUAUACGUCAGAACAGUAUCACCAAGAUCUUCAACAAAGACAUGAUGAUUCAGUAAAACUACAUGAUGAUAUAGAGAGUUUUAAGAAAGACUGUGUCAAUUUUAGGGAAUUGCAAACAGCAUUGAUUAAUUUAGAGGAAGACAGAAUUGACAGACAGAGUCACGAAAUCUCUGACAGGAGUUUAGUGGUAGAACACGAGAGGGAAAGAAAACUUAAAGACAAGGACGAAUUGAACACCAGAAUGUGCACUCGUAUGGUGGCUCAUGAGGUGGAACGCCAAAAUCGCGAAGAUGUCAUAACCGUCAGGCACGAGGAUGAAGAUCGUGAGAAGUUACGCCGAGAGGACGAGAUGGUUUACGAGAAGAAACAAGAGGAUAAAAGAGAACUGAAUGACGGUCUUCUUACACAAAUAGAGGAGAACAAGCAGUCGGUGCGGGACGAAAAGCAGAGGGAACUCAAUUUUAGUGAUCGGGCCAAUGCCCUGAUGGAACUGGAAGACGAGAGGGAGGAAGAGAGAGCUCGCAGGAAGAAAGAAAGGGACGACCAGUACUUCGCAGACUUGAGACAGCAGAUCGCGGACAACGCGGUUCGCAGGCAGAAGCAGAAGGAACAAGACGCCAUGUAGGGUGGUUAAGGCUAGGUGCCCGAGCUUGAAGACUGCAAACAAAAUCUCAUAAAGAUAUAAAGCCUGCUAUUUUUAUUAACUUAGCAUUAGUUACGUUAUGUAUUUUGCACAUGUAAUGUAUUCAUCACUUAAAAUUCUCUCCAACUCAGAUUAACAAUUACAUCCGGUAGAUGGCGUUGUAUUCUGACAUUCCGUAUUCUAAACCGAGUGAGCCUUCCAGUCAGCUGUCACGCUCUGAAGACAAUGCAACAUCUGACAUUGACAGAAUCCAAAACGAACCUUGCGAGUUUCGACUGAGCGUCCUACUAAUAUGUAAUAACUAAUAGCGCAUUGAAAGUAAAUUCUUUCCAGGGAUGAUCUAUAUUGGAAAAACAUCCAUGAUUUUUAUUAUAAUAAUUAUUGACAAAGAUAUACAAUACAGUAAAAUGGUUCGAAAUUUAUUGAGAAACAACCAAUUGUUACAUAUUUCAAUAUUUUUUAUCAAUUGACUGAAUGAAAAGUGAAAAAAGUCUUUAUGUUGAUAAAAAAUAGUGAGUAGUGUAAGAGCGAAAGAGCGAGACUACGAAGAACGAACGAAGGGAAUGACCGGUGCGCAGUGAAUGAAUACACGUCCAAGAUUUUAAUAAAUCUGUUAACAUCGAUGUCACGAUGUUUUUUGUGUUUUUGCUUUCAAAGUCGAUGAUAAUUGUACUUCAAAAUCAACAAUAAAUUUGUACUGGUUGUAGGAAAGACGAGACUCGAGUGGUUCUGUAUCUGUAUUAUUGACUGAAUAAAAUCACUUGGAUUAGAAAAUAUAGAGACGGAGGAAUAUUAAUCAAAUGUUCAAAGCAAUGUAAACAUUUUGAGCAUUAGGAAAGCUUAGCAUUUCGGAUUUGCAUUUUUGAAUUUUGCCUUUACUAUGGUAAUAUACUCAUUAUUAUCAAGCUUAUAUGCUUUGAUGUGAAAAGUAAAUAUUAAAAAUAAAUGUUUUUUAUUUUAUGA